AUGACGAAAAGGGGAUUCUAUUCCAAGAAAAAUGUGGCCGAGAGGAAAAUUCGGAACAAUGGAGUAGACCCAGCAACUGAGCCACCUGAAUUACGUGAUCUUCCUCCGUUGCAAGGUGGUACACGGCUUCCUAGGAGUGUUAGAUCGUCCGAGAGCGUACCUGUUGUGACUUGGUCCAGGGAUGGUAAGCCACCAGCCACCAAGGGACGAUUCUUCUCGCGGAACAAACAGGUGAGAACCCUCGAGGAAUUAUGCGACGGUGGAAAACUACCGACUUAUGCAGAGAUCAGUGAGUUGAUCGGCAAUGAGCACAAGGCUAUCCAGUACAUGGCUGACAUUGGAAUUAUACGUGUCCCGGACGUUUGUGGGAGGUGUAGUGUGAGUGUGCCUUGGAAGACAGGCCAGAACACCGUUCGAUGCAGAAAGCAGUAUUGUGAGUUCAGGUGUCCAGACAACUGCGAGCGAUGUGGUGUCCCGAUGGAGGCAACCAAGGAUGCCGAAAAGGAAAUCGUCUACGCCUACUGUACUGACAGCAACUGCAACUGGAAGUGGAAGCCAGGAAAGUCGUGGGAAGUGUCCGUGUACAGGGGCAGCAUUCUACAAAACUGUCGCCUACCAAAACAUGAGGUUCUGCAUUGCUUCUACCUAUUUCUAUUGCAGGUACCGGUGGUUACGGCGGCAAAGAUGCUAGGAUGGACGGUUGAAGUUGCUGGAAAAUGGUUUAGACACUGCCGUCAACUGGUAGCUGAGAUGGUUCUGAUGGAAGAACGCGACAAAGUCAUGCUAGGAGGUGAAGGGGUAAUUGUCGAAAUAGAUGAGUCGAAGUUUGGAAAGCGGAAGUACAACAAAGGGCGUCGGGUAACAGCUGAUUGGGUGCUGGGUAUGGUGGAAAGAACAGACAAAAGAAAGCUUGCUAUGGUGGUGGUGCCAAACAGAAAGGCCCGAGUACUCAUCCCAAUUAUCACUGCAUUUGUCAGGCCAGGAACCACCAUCCACACCGAUAUGUGGAAGGGCUACAGUUGUCUCCAGUAUCUCGCUGACUACGACUAUGAACACAAGACUCUAUGUCACAAAAGAGAGUAUGUGAACUCGGUGGAUGGAACACACACCCAAACCAUCGAGGGUAGCUGGUCGUUCAUGAAAAGAAAAAUGCCGGUCUGCAAACGGAGUGGCAGGCAACUGCAGGAGUAUCUGUGGGAGAUAAUGUGGCGACGGUUGUAUUCGGGUAGCCUUUGGAUGGCAUUCUUGACGGGUGUAAGCCGAUACAGGUACACACCAGCGGACAUUGAGAGGCUCUGGGAUUUGCGCGAUGAGGAGGAUCCUGAGGGGUGGAACGUGGAAGAUCAGAAAGAAGACGAUGACGAGGACAAUCUGUACUACGAUACGGACGAGGAGGACUACGAGAGUGAUGGAGUGGACGGUGCGGCGGCGGCAACUCUGUUGGGUAUCCAGCGGGCUGUUAUCUAG